UGCUGUCGUCACUGGCGACUUAGUUUGCAAAGGGGUUUUUUCAUUGGUCGAGCCCCCGGCAAAAAUAUGAUUGGUUGUCUGACAGACGUAAAUAAAUUAGUCCCAACUGAUUUAUUCUACUAUACUACAGUAUUUUAUUUUAAGCAAACGUAAGGCACAGUGAAACAAAAUACAGAAAUAAAGCAAACAAACUCCAUGAAAAUUACACAUAUAUAUUUUCUUCUUUGGGCAUUUCUGAGCAUGUGUCGGAAGUCUGGUGGUUCGUCCUCGUGCUUCUAUUGUAUUCUGAAAGCUAAGAUAAAGUUAGCUACCUAGCUGAAACAAAACAAUAAGCUACGCAUGCACUCUGAAUUUCUGUGCUGACACAGGCACAAAAGCUUGAUCUUUGUAGUUUUCUGGAUUUUGUCGUUUCUAUAGUAAUUAAGAGCUGUUAAAAAUGAACUGGGUUGGAGGUUCAAGGUAAGAAAAAGCAAAUUUUGGUUAUUAGCUGACGUGUUAAUGUAUAUCAUAUUAGCCUAUAAAUGUUUAAGCUAACUAGACAUGUAACUGCUCAUUUCAGAAACCGGUUAGUGAUGAGGAAUAAUGCCAAAAAGCAGAGGGAAUUCUUUGAAAAGAGAAAAAUGCAACAAAAACUUAAAAACAUGGGAAUACCUGUCCCAGCCCCUUCCCUAGGCAACACUAGUUCUGGUAGUUUGGACCUAAUGACUCUGUUUAUCGUCAACCAGAUUGCUGCUAAAAAAACAUGUAAAGAUCCUCCUAAAGCAGCAGUUCUUGGCAGCUGUAAGGCAGGAGCCAGGCAUAAGAGAAAAGAUCCUCUGGUGCUCCCGAUGAGCCCCUGUUCCCCAUCACGGCUGUGUCUUGUUGAGGGCCAGUCUAAGUACAGUGUUCAAGAAAGCAGAGAAAGAAGGAAGGUAAUUCCACAAGGGUUCAAGUUUCAGCGUUUGUCGCCAGUACUUGAGUCAGGUUUCUCAGACAACAGUGCCUCUGACUACCUGCCAGCCAUACCUGAUGCCCGCAGCCCCUUCUCUUCCACCUCAUCUGCCUGCUCAGGCCAAGGAACUUUCACCCUGCAGCUGAAUCUCCAGAAACAAAGCCAGGCACUGCAUCCCUCUUCUCCCCCACCCUGGGACACCUCAGUUCUAUCGCAGACCGAUGCAUUUCAUCCUUUCUCUCAGCCCAGAAGUAUGACAAACACAUCUCCCUGGUCGCACAACCUUAACCAACCCUUCUUCCAACUUGAGAACCCCACAGCAUCUCAAGUCCUCUUUGGCAGUCCACAACCAGGUAAAAGCAAGGCAGAAGACCAUGCAACAUAUGUGGACAGCAUCUUUCUCAACCGGCCAAAGGACAAAGAGUCCAUGCUGGACUUCACGCUUAACCAGUCAGAAAUUCAGCAGCAAUCGGAGAACAAUGUCUUUAGAGGCUUUUGUGAUGAAGAUUGUGAAGGACACUCUCAUUCUGGGAGUGAAAAAUCAAAAAUAUGUCUCCCAGAUCAGACACCGGUAAACUCUUCUGCACCUCAAACUGUGCCAGACUCACAGUGCAUGGGAGCAGAGCCCUGCAACUGCCCUGACACAAGGUUUUCAUGUUUUGGAGACAACACUGGGCCAGUGAAUGGCUCUGAAUAUUCGCCAAGUUACUCUUUUAGAGGAGGUCACCUGAGUCCAGACUCAAAUGAUGAUGAAGACUGCUAUCAGCUACGCCUCCCAGCAUCUUCUUCUUACAUGGAUCAAGCCUUUGGCCUCAGUGGCUCACAAGGGAAUUUAAAUGAAACACUCUCUGAGCUCAGGUCUCACACCCCACGAAUAAGAUCCCAAAUGGACUUCAGAGUUGACCCAAAAAUUACUGAGAACAUGGCUACCCCAGAUAAGGCCUUUGAAAGUAAAGGGCAGGAGAAAGAAAGCAGCACAGCUCUCCUUUUAUCUCCACACCCUUCAGCUCAAACUCAGAGCUCAGAUGUCUGCAAAUGCAAGAAAACAUCAAGUGAAACUCGAGAUGCAGGAACUCAAACAGUACGCAGCCCCCCAGCUGGGGCGUGCGAUGCUUCGACUCAGUGCAGCUUUGUUGCAGACAGUGCUCUUGGGUACAGCUUGCAUCUAUCAAACGCUGACAUGUCGGAGCUGCCUCCAGCCACAGGGAGGCAGGCCGGUACUGCCACAGAGCCAGAUGCACUCACAGCUUCACCAGAAAACUCCAGGAGCGAAGAGAAGCAGACGCCCUGGAGCAACAAGAAAUCAAAGGCGGUUUCCCUGUCAGGCAGGAGCAUGAUCACUGCUAAUAACGGUGCCAAAACGAUUCUACAGAGACCCACAAACCUUCUUCUCACUAACGACCUGAGCACGACUAAUGUCAGAGGUCAGGAGAAUAAAGAGAACACGAGAACUGCCCUCCAAUGACAAGCUUUUCAGAUCAAGGGAGGGAAGAGGGCACAUCUGGCACCAAAGUUAACAUAGUCUCAAAGGAGGCUGAAAUGCUUCAAGAAAUAGCCAACAUUUUGCUCCUCCUGAAGCAGAGGAAAUUCAGGGCUACGAAGAACAGAUGGAUGAAGACAUCAGGAAAUCAGUUCUGUGCUGUGCAUCUUCCUUUAUUUUAAAGCAACAGUCAUAAAAGUAGAUUAAAAUAGUUACAGUGCUCUUAAUGUUGUGAUGCAGUUUAUGCAGUUAAAUAAAGCUCCAAAACAUGA